ACUUAACUAACUACCUAAACGAAAAAAAAAAAAGACAUGACGCGAGAGCAACUUGACUGUGCAGCGUACAGUCUGUACUAACUACGUACCUAGGGACUAGGGUACUAGGUAAUGAUACUUUACAAUUAUUUCAACUUUUUAUCCUUGCCAUUGUCACAUACCGCGACAAUAAAGAUUCAAAGUACAGCGACCCACGAGAUGUGCAAUGGUCAUCUUUCACUAUAUGGGAACAAGGCUAGACUCAAUACUAUUGACAGACGGGCCUAUUCAAGAUGGCAAACGUAGACGACGAACAGCACGUACAAACGAGCGAAAACGACCUGGACAUGGACAAUACAGAUUCGAGUACUGAUGACGGCAGCUCCGCAGACGAAGAUGAAUCCAAAGAUGAAUCUACACCAACGGAAUGGCUAGCAACUGGCCGAGAAAAAAGAUCCACCGCUGGUAAUCGCAUGAAAUCUAUGCUCGCCGCUGAAGAACCUGACGACGACCUCGAGCUACUCUUUGCCGAAGAUGAAGAUGACGCAGGCUUUACCGAUGUGGCCGAUGAUGGAUCUGACGUACACAUGGACUCAUCAUCCGACGACGAGGAUGCGCAAGAAAAUGCCGAUGAUUUGGAGGGCGAGAAGGAGCUGGAGAAGCAGGCGCGCGAGAGGAGACAAGCGACUCGAAAGCGAAAAGCCCAAGAGGCGAUCCCUGUCAAGUUUCGCAAGAAGGUCAAGAUUGCACCCACAGCCUCAGGAAGUUCAGCGCCGCCCGAACCCAAGUCACGGCCUAAGAAGAAGUCCGAAAGAAUAAGCUGGCUGCCGUCACCAGCCGAUAUGCCCACACGCGCUUCCAAACGAGAGACUACGAUGCUUAGCAAGGAGCAGCUACAUCAACAGAUGAUUGAACGCGAAGUGAAACGUCUUAAACAAGUCGAAGCGAUGGAGAAGAAGGCCAAGAGGAUGGAAGCUCUAAAGAAGCCACCAAUGACGCAAGCUGAAAGGCUCGCCGAAGCUGCUAUCGUGGAGAAGAAGAAUGCGAAAAGCUUAAAUCGUUGGGAGGAGGCCGAGAAACAGCGGGAAGAGGAACGAAGAGCGAAGCUGGCCGCUUUGAAUAAUCGAACACUUGACGGACCAGUGGUAACAUUCUGGAGUGGCGUCGGUGAAUGGAUAGAUGGCAAGUUGAAGCACGUUGGCAAGAUCGUUACCAUCGAAGAGAAACCAGUGAAGAAAAAAAGAACUUCAGCGUCUGGACAAGAAUUAGUACCGGAAUCUCCAAACAAGGAGAAUUCUGGAUUAGAAGGACCAUCGCAGCCUACGGCGAACAAGGUUGAAAAUGCACAGUCGACGACUGCUCCAUCUAAAUCGCAAGAACCCAAGAAACCUGAAUCUAAAGAUCUAAUUAUGUCGACUUCCACAGAUCUCAAAGAUUCCAUAGAAGAGCAUAAAUUGCCCGCCGCGACGGAAAACAUCGAGAAAUCAACUGGCCCAACUGAAGCUGCAAUUACUGGAGCACCGGCAUCAAAUCCACAGGAUACUGUUUCUCUACCUCCACCUCCACCUCCACCUCCGGCCCCGACCCCGACCCCGGCUUCGAUUUCAAGUCAACCACCAGCUCAACUUGAAGAACCAAAGCCGCUGGAAAUCAAACCUCCAGAGACAAAACCCGCAAAUAUGCGACCCCCGAUAUCAGGGAUGUAUACUACUAGCAUGUUUGCUCCACCACAACCAUCACAACUUAUGAAACCGCCAGAGAUGAAACCACCCUCGAAUAGUUUCUUAGCCCCUCCAGCGGGACUUCCUCAAAGCGGGCUUUCUAUGCCUAUGAUUGGAUAUCACUCUAUGUCUAAUACUGGCAAUUCUUCAACCUUCCUUGCUCCCCCAAACACAGCGCAAAGACAGUCACCUCUCUCCAUGCCUCAGACGGGAGCCUGUCCUCCCCCUGUGUCGGCACAAACGUAUGUCAGCCAGCCAUUAACACAGCCUAUACAUACACCGGCACCAGCACCUGCACCUGCACCUAAUCCUACCCCUAUACCUACUUCUGCCUCUGCCUCUGCCCCUACGCCUGCACCAGCACCACCACCUGCGUCUGCGCCUGCGCCUGCGCCUGUAUCUAAACCUGCACCACCAUCCACUCCUACUCAUAAGGCGCCAUCGACGUCCACUCCAACAUCUCGUAGAGGGAAGAAUCCCCUUAGCACCAUGAAAGCCUCUCGAGCCAACUCACAGAAACAUCAGCCCAAGGAGAUCACGCCAUCGCCGCCGCCAUCGCCGCCGGCGAAUGGUAAAGCUACGCGGAAUUGCAUCAUCCUGCAGAACUUUGACGAGAAUGCCGUGAAGGAGAAGCCUGUGCAAAAUCGUAUCCUGUUUGCCAAAGACAUGGCCAAGCUCAGUAAACCAGCACCGAUACCACGGUGCGUUAUCACCAAUCAACCAGCACGCUAUAGAGAUCCUAAGACGGGAUUACCAUAUUAUAAUACUCACGCUUUCCGGGAGAUCCAAAAGCUUUGGCGCGGCGAGUACAGGUGGAGCCGUCUGGUAGGAGCGUGGAUCGGUAGUGGAUCUUAUGCCGCGACGGGCGUGCCGGCUCGAUUUCUGAACCCGGAUGCACCAGGCCCGCCGAAGAAGAUAGAUGUCCCGGAAAGUACUAGCAAGGAGGACAUUCCGGAGUCGAAUAAGGAGGUUGCGUCUGUCACACCGUCUGCGUCUGGUGAGCAAAAAGAACAGGCUGUUGCUAUUGAUACGACUGCUCCUACAACGAGUACUGCUGCUACAUUGGUUCUACCUACAGCCCCAGCUUCAGCCUCAACCUCUACCCCGGUUUCGGUCUCAACUCCGAUUCCAGCUGCAGUGUCAACGGCGCCCUCGAGCACGACUCCACCCACUACUUCACAUACCGCUCCAGCUCCAUCACCAGCUCUAGCUCCAGCUACGAUUCCAGUUUCAGUUUCAACUCCAAUUCCAAAUCCAGCCAGUGCCGCGAAAGCGACAUCCCCGGUUGUAAAUUCGGUUGCGGAUAUGACUGCAAGUCCUGUAGUUGAAAAUGCGGCCACGACAAGUACAGCGCCAGUAAUAGUAGGAGAUCAAGGUAGUACCGGGACGUGACAUCUCCCUGAAGGGUAUCA